CGCGCGCGUCUCUGGUUUCCGCGCACUGUGUUCCGCGGAGCUGAGCUGCGGUGCGGUGCCGGAGAGCCCCCCGAUCGGCGCUCACUUUUCCCGGGGCAGAGCCAUGGCCGAGCCGCUGCUCAAGAGGACCUUCUCCCGGCUCCGGGGCCGAGACAGAUCGCGCCGCAAGACGGAGCCCAAAGUGGGCGACAUCCCAGGGAAUAAUAACGUCAUCCAAAGCUCCUCGUCGACUUCGGCAGCGGAGGCAGAGUCCUUUCUGUCGGCGCCAGCGGAGGAUUCGACCCGACGCGGGACUCAGAUCACCGUGGCCAAGAAGCAGAACUGGGCCAAGCUUUCCUCUGUGUUGCGGGACUCGCCCUCUGCGGAGGGACCCCACGGCCCGGGUUCCAGAGCUCAGGAAUGGGAGAGCUCCUCAGGAACAGGGCAGACCUCAAAACAGGUAUGGAGCCAGAAGACCCUGGUGGAGGACAACAGCCUGGACAGCUGUAGCGCUCCAUGUGACUCGUUCAGCGUAGGCCUUCCAGAACUUACCCGGCCGCCAGGGGGCUACGCUGAGGUGUGCAUUUCCUCAAGUGCAGCAAAGCUCUCUGGGCAGGGGGCCUACCUGCAGACCCUUGAGCGGAGCAGCCGAGCCUGGGUACUGUCCACAGGGAAGAGCCAGGUAGGAGAAGAUGUCUCCCACUCCCUCCCUAGCUGCCUGGCCGAGUGGAGGCGGGGCAAUGAGGAGAGCAACAUCUGGUACAACCCCAUCCCAGAAGAGGAGGACUCCCGCGGGGGAGCCAGGGGGUGCAGGGUGGACUAUGGAGACCCCUGGAGAAGGAGGGACACCGAGGCCAUACAUGAAUGUAGGAGGGAUCCCCAGACAAGGACCCAAAGAAGGGCAGGGAUACUGGGGAGCAGCAGCCAUAGCGCGUCCCAGAUGGAACGUCACGGCAGCGGUGGCCCGCAGUGCACGCUGGAAACCUCCAGCCAUUGGGUGGCUACUCAAUCCAAAGAGUUUACAGUGGAGACAGACGUAGUUGGGAAGAAGGAGAGCUCAGAUGUGCCCCAGCAGGAGGUGCAGGUGUUGAGUACGGCAGGAGAGACCAACGGGAGUGGGACUGGCGCCAACAGCGGUGCUGGAGCAUCCUCAGAUAGCCCUGGGGCGCAGAAGAAGGGCGGCGGGGGCGGAGCCAGCAGCAUGAUGGACAGGAUCAAGUCCCCCGGGACGGUGCGGCGGCUCUCCAUGAAGAUGCGCAAGCUGCCAGAACUACGGCGCAAGCUGAGCCUGCGGUCAUCGCGCUCGCAGCGACACGGUCAAGGCUCCGCCGUCGGUGGUGGGGAUGGGGCUGGGGGCGGGACCGGCAGUACCUCCCCACCCAGUGUGCGCAAGGAAGCUUCCAGCAACGUGAUCAGCCGCUACCACCUGGAUACCAGCGCUCCCGCCCGGCCCGAGCGUCGCUCCUCCCGGGGCCGAUCCGCCAGCAAGGGGGGCUACUUGAGCGACGGGGACUCCCCGGAGCUCCUACCCAAGCAGGGGGCCACGUCGUCGCCUCAGACCACUCCUCCACCCCCUCCGAGGGGCACGGGGGACGGCGUGUCGGACCUGAGCUCGUUCCGGCCGUACUGCAUGUCGGAGCAGCCGCGCUGCGCUCAGCGCGUCUCCGGCCUCCUCACCGUUCACCUGCUGGGUGCGGAGGAGCUGUUCCGCUCGUCAAGGGCCGAUGCCACCAGGGAGGUGUUCUGCGCCAUCCAGGUGGACGGGGUGACGCGCGCGCGUACCGGCCUGCUCACGUGCCGCGGGGCGACCCUCCCGCUCAACCACACCUUCAACCUGGAGCUGGAGCGGGCGCGCCUGCUCAAACUGGUGGUCCUCGCACCCCAGCCUAGCUCCGCCCAAGCGCCCCCCGGCGGCGCACCACCGGCACCCGCUGCUCCUGCACGCAACCGGGUCUGCUGCCUGGGGGCCUUGGCCAUCCCACCGCUGUUCAGAGCUUCCCGUUCCCAGCAGCUGUGCGUCAAGCUGGAGCCACGGGGCGUCCUCUACGUGAAGCUCACGCUCCUGGAGCAGUGGGAGAGCCCGUCCCCGCGGCCCAGCGACCUCCAGCCUUCCAGCGUGUUUGGGGUACAGCUCCGUCUCCUUGUGGAGAAGGAGGCCUCCGCCAUCAAGGUGCCGCUGCUGAUCCAGAAGAGCGUGGCUGAGAUCGAGAAGAGAGGGCUGAAGGUGGUGGGGCUGUACCGCCUGUGCGGCUCGGCGGCUGUGAAGAAGGAGCUGAGGGACGCCUUCGAGAGGGACAGCGCCGCGGUCACCCUGACUGAAGAGCUGUACCCCGAUAUCAACGUCAUCACUGGCAUCUUGAAGGACUACCUGCGCGAGCUCCCGUCGCCGCUCAUCACCAAGACACUCUACGAAGUGGUGCUGGAGGCCAUGUCCCUGCGGCCGCCCCGGAGCGCCUCCUGCAGGGUAAAGGCGGAUGCUCAGCGGUCGCAGAGCACGGUGUCCCUGCUGCGGUGUCUGCCAGAACCUGAGAAGGCUACACUCACGCUGCUCUUGGACCAUCUCAGCUUGGUGGCAUCCCACAGCGAUUGCAACCGCAUGACGUGCCAGAACCUGGCCGUCUGCUUUGGCCCAGUGCUGCUCACCCCCACCCAGGAAUCCUGGAGGCCAGGGAUCCCGGGGGGGCAGGGAACAGGGGGGUCCCAGCGAGGGGGCCGGGGCUUCUCCCACAGCGAGGACAUCGCCAGCGCUGUGGACUUCAAGAGGCACAUUGAGGUCUUGCACUACCUGCUGCAACUGUGGCCCAUUCCCUUAGGUAGACCCACAAAUGAGUCUCGAAGCCAUUUUCCCACCACUUCACUGUCAUCAUCCUCUGCUGCUCACACCGCAUCCCAAGAAACCUCGCAGCAGCGGGGCCCACGGCCCCCGCUGCGACUGGACCUUGCCCAGGAAACAGUGGUGUCCCGCAGGGGCCGGGGCCGCCUGGAGAGCCCGCCUUGCAACCGUUAUGCUGGGGACUGGACCAUCUGUGGUGGGGACUUCCUGUCGAGCACAGAGGCAGACUACGACGAGGUGGCGGGAAGCGACAGCGAUGAGGAAGAGGAGCAGGUGGACCGGGGCAGCCUGAAGAAGAGUGGCUGGGACCCGCCCUACGUGGAUGAGUUCUCCCUGGACCCCGACGCCCUGGACCUGGAUGCCCCGUUCACCUGCCGACUGAGCCUGAAGGACUUUGACACGCUCAUAUUGGACCUGGAGAGGGAGCUGGCCAAGCAGAUCAACAUCUGUCUCUGAUGGCGACACCCUGAGGAGGACACAAACAAAUCAGAAAGCGAACUGAGCGAGGGAACUUUCGGAAAAAUCGCGAUCAAGAAAAAUCGCGAUGGAGAUCCUCGCGAAAGACGAAAAGCAACGACCUUUGCUUCAAUGAUUUUUAAAUUUUUUUAAAAUUCUGCCAAUACGUGUAAACUGACAACAUCGUAGCAUUGUAACGUAUUUUAAAAACGUGGUAUUAAUGAGCGUUAAUUGAAGUUGCGUGAGGUUUUUCCCUCCAUUUCGGACGAUUUUGCCGUCGUCAUUAUAAGCUUUUGGACAAACCGUGUGCAGUGUCGCCCUGCAGCUACAGUCGUUAAACUCCAUUUGUCACAUUCCGCUCUUUAAGGUACACUGUUAGGCUCUGCUGUGUGUGUUUUGUGUCCUCGAUUUUGACGAAAACUCAAAGGAUCACGGGAAAAAGCUAUCGCCAAAGGAACGAUGAAUUAUUGGCAAAUUACUUGUGAGGACAGGUUACUUUCAGGAUUGAUUUAUCAAUUCACGAUUUCAUUAUUGUGCCGCGUUUCCUCAGUCUCAUGGAAAACCCAAAGAAGGAACAUUUUAAAAUAAUUUUUUAAUACUCUUGUUAUUAUUUGUAUUGUGUCAAGCGAGACGGCACUUAAAAAAAACCCUCAUUCAGAGAAUUUUGUGUAAUUAUAUAAUAACUUGAAGGUUAUCAGUAUGGGCAGAGUGUCGGACUCACUCGCAAAGAACAUGCUAACGGUCUCGUGCACACACGCACACGCACGCACACACACACACACACACACACACACACACACACACACGCACGCACAUUCAAGACUAUGCAAUUGCUUGCACACAUAGACUGACCAAAGACAUAAUUUUAUUGCACUUCUAUAUCACAGUCUUCUGUUUUUUUGAACUUGCUGCUUAUUUUUAUUGAAAUAUGACUUUUUUUUUACUGUUGUUUGCAUUAUUUGAAUGAAUCCUGGGCACGGUACAAUAUUUAGCCAACUGUGAUGAUGUAAAACCACAGAAGGAAUGAAGCAGCCAUACGCAACAAGGGGCCAAAUGUGUGUUCCUGGUGUAAAAUAGGAGACACUGAGUUCGUCCGGCCUUUUUCGUCGGCUUCCGUUUGCCAUUUCUCACUCAGCCUUGUCUGUUUUUCAGUUGUAUUAAACAGUAUUACUUGAUCUUGCACAUAUCAUAAGCACUUGUACCAUGUUUUUUUUUUUUUUUGUUUCCUAUGCAUAUGUGUAAAUCUGUGUGCAACUUUACAUUCAUGUUAUAAAUGGGUACUGCAAUAUGCCAUACAGUGUUAUCUACCAAAAAUAAAACAAA